CUUCCCCACUCCGUGCAACAAGAUGGCAAAAGGACUUACCUUCCUGACUUUGAUCUUCGGACUGUGGAUCGGGGCAAAUGCGCAGUGUUGCAGCGAUGUCAAAGAAUGUCCAGCUUGUCCUUCUGGAUGGACAAAAUUUGGCGAACGCUGCUACAUAUAUGAAGGAUCCCCUAAAGAUUGGGCUGAUGCCGAGGAAACUUGCCUCAAGGCAGGAGGAAAUCUGGCCUCCUACCACAACCAACGUGAAUACGACUUCAUCUUAGGCCUGAUAAGACGAUCGAGUGGGGGAAACACACGGAUUUGGGUUGGAGGCCAAGACGCCACAAAGAACAAGGUGUGGCUGUGGAGUGACGGCUCAAUUUUCGACUUCCAAAACUGGGGACGAGGACAGCCCAACAAUGCACAAGGAAAGGAGCACUGCAUGGAGCUGAACUUCGUUGGGAAGCCAAACGACCAUCUGUGUCACAUCAAAAAGCCCUUCAUGUGCGCCAGAGACCCGGAAUGAUCUGCACCGCAUGCUGAUGACAUGUUGAAAUGAAUGCAGUUUGAAAAAUAAAGCAGUGAAACAC